AUGGAGAUAGAGCAGAAACAAGCCCAAGUGAUCGAGCACUUUGUGAAGCAAGCCUCUAGUCUGCAAGGGUCUUCUCUCGUCGGCCUCAUAGUCCAAGUCACUUCUCAUUCUUCUCUCUUCGCUUUCUCUGAGAUUUUGGCUGUCCCCAGUGUGCUCGAGCUUCAAGGAACUGAUUAUGCUGUAUACAUUGAUCUGCUUCGUCUCUUUGCUCAUGGUACAUGGAGCGACUACAAGAGUAAUGCUAGCCUUCUUCCACCACUAACCCCAGAUCAAAUCACCAAGCUGAAGCAACUUACUGUGCUCUCUCUAGCUGAGAUAAACAAGGUUUUAUCCUAUGAUCAACUUCUUGAGCAGCUUGAUCUUUCAAAUGUGCGCGAACUUGAAGACUUUCUUAUCAACGAAUGCAUGUAUGCGGGCAUAGUCAAAGGGAAGCUGGAUCAUUUGAGAAGAUCUUUUGAGGUUCAAUUUGCAGCUGGCAGGGAUUUGAGGCCUGGACAACUAGGGAAUAUAAUACAGACUUUAGAUGAUUGGUUAAACACUACAGACAAUGUGCUUCUCACAAUUGAAGAGAAGAUCAAAUGGGCAGAUAAAAGUGGUGGGCGUGACUUCCAAGCACUCGAUGACGUCCUGUUUGGUGAAACAGCUGGGUUAAUGGACUAUGAAGAAGAUCGCACCCGAACCAAGAGGUAUUACAAUUCAGAUAUCUCUUACACCAAAUCAUGCUGGCAUAUACUGUAUGCAUUGAAUCCAAAAUCAUUCCCAUUUAAUCUCAUGAAAUUCAAUAUUGCAGGAGAAGGUCGCCAAUAUAUUGAGAAGUGCAGGGAGGGUGGAUCCUCAUUGUUUCAAUUGAACCAUGGAGAAGAAAUCAAACGUUUCCGUGUUUUGUUGCUCAAGGGUGGUGCUAUUGCAAGAAAACUUGCCCACAGACAUUUCGAAGCUUGA